AGUUGGACAAGCUGCAUGAGCUUUUACAAGCAUAUCAAGAUGAAGUUCAUAUCUGUUAUCAUCCUUUUCCUGACUUACUAUAAGAGUUGUGAACCCACUGCAACAUAUCUGCCACCAAAUGUGCUUCUUCUGCCAGUCACAGAAAAUAUGUCUGUGAAUAUCAACCUGAUCUGUGGAGAUCACAAUGAUGGUGAUAUCAGCUGGAAACUUAAUGGGAAUCCACUGAAAGAACAUGGGAACCAAAUCCAGAUUACCGUGAAGUAUUUCAAAGGAGGAAAUUACAGCUGCCACAAUAAGGCUGGGGACAUCCUCAACCACACGCUAGUGCUUCAGGAGGGAAUAGGAUACCGAAAGAGUAUUCUGGUGGAAAAUAACAGUUCAGAAUAUAUUUCAUGUACAGCAAAAAACUUUGAUGGGAAGUUUCAGUGCUCUUGGACCUUUGAUAAAGAACGACAAUAUGCCGAAUUAUUUCACUUCGCUAUUGCUCGUGUUUCGGGAGACUCUGGAAAUAUUACAUGCUCUUUGGGUGCGAAUGGCAACACCCUGAGCUGUGAGGAUGGAAAACACUGUCCAUUUACUGAGGAGCCAUGCAAGAUCGACCUCUUCUUCUACUUCAGAAGCGAGUUCCGCUGUGAACAAUACCAGCGCCACUUCUUCAUCUCUGACAUAGUGAAGCCAGAUAAAAUGAUUAUCAAAAAAGUGGGAGAUCAUACAUUUGAGUGGGAUUGCCCAGAAACAUGGAGCAACCCAAACUCUUACUUUCAACUCCUCUACCAAGUGAAGGCGAUUGACCCGAAAGAUCCUUGUGAGAAAGACGGUCACAAAAACAAGAUCACCACAUCUAAUGACAAGAAAUUUACAGUGAAGAAGAGAAUGCAGGAUAAGAAUUACAGACUCUGUGUCCGAGCCAAAGAAGAGGCAUCUAACUCCAACUGGAGUGACUGGAGCUCCUAUCUCCACAAGCAGACUCCUGACAACUGAUCUCCUCUGUGACUAAAAUCUAGAAAUAAUAUUUGAGGGAGAAGAUGAAGAUGAUCACACUACUUUCUCUCCCAACACUGCAAGUCUUUUUGUUUUGCAUAUAUUAAUUUGUAUUAACUUAUUUAUUUAUUUGUAUAUCUAAAUAUUGCUGUGUUAUUUAUCAAUAAAGUGUUGCUAUAGCAAUCAUUUC